UCCAAAAUGGCAGAAACUUUGUUGUCACCUGCCAAAUUUGACGAUUUACCUAACGAAAUAGUCGAGAAAGUGAUAUCUUACUUGUGUUAUGAAAACAUAAGUUCAUUGAGAAUAGUAUCCAGAAGAUUUGACAACAUAUGCCAAGUUCUGCUGAACCAAGGUUUCACCAAAGCAGACAAAUACCAUGCACUUUGUCAGAAAGAGAUCAAAGCACAGCUACCCAGGAGAGAAUCGGAGCGAAGAUGUCACCCGUUGGCACGACACGUAGACAUACUGUCAGCCACAGAGACAAGAAUGUCCCUGCUAGGGAUGACUUAUAUGAAAUACAUUGACUUGGGAUUGUGUUGUUUCAUACCUGGAAAGGUUGUGGAUGAAAUCUUCAGAAUACUUCAUCUCCUACGAGCAGAAAACAAACCACCGCGUGCCCAUGAACUGCUACAAGAACUCCGCGACAUAUCUUCAAUGGCCAUGGAACACUUUGACGAAAAAAUUGUGCCAAGGUUGAAGAGGAUGAUGACACCCAACAAAGUCGAUGCAUUUGGUGACAGUGAGUCAGAAUCUCUGCAAUGUCCAUCAUUUAACCCAUUGCACAUGAGUUUACCAGUUCCACAGUUACGUUUACCCUCAAUACGGCAGGACAUGGCAAAAAUGCAACAACAAGUUCGUGUAUGUGCUGUGACACUUGUAUCUGUUAAGAAACACAUGAGUGAGUGCAAAAAUAAAAAUACUGAUCAAACAAGUCGAAUCACCAAACUGGAACGAAAUUUAACUGAGCUCAAGAAAUCUCUUGCAAAACAGAAUAAGCGAUUAAACGCUCAAGAUAAUAAGAUCAAUGAACAGAACAAGAAACUCUUAGAAUACGAUCAGAAAUUUGCUGAUAUACUAGCAGAGAUAAGCUCCCUUCAUGGACGUAAAUUGUCGCUAACAGAUCCUGUAAUGCCUUCAGUGUCUACCACAAUAUCCCAUGCUAAAGGAAGUGCAAUUGUUACUCAGGGGGUGAAGGCUAGUGAUAUACCUGAAGCUGCUCCUGUGAAGGGAAAGGGGAGAAAGAGGAAAGUCGCUGGUGAGCAUUCAGAAGGAGCACCGACGAGGUCUAAAAGAAAAAUAUGAGGAAUUUACAUGUUGUAUCUAUUGCUUUACAAAUGUUUAUCUACCUUGUGCAGUUUAACAUGUACAUGCAUCAAAAUUGUUAGAAUUUAGUGCUAUUAAGCAGUAAGGUUCAUAUUUGUCAAGUACAUUGUAAGAGUUCUGGUAGGUUGUGUUCUAAGUUGAUAAUUUUUUAUAUGUGGGGCAAAUAGCACAUGUGUGGUAAAGUGUUCGUUAAUUUUUAUAGCCAGUGAUGGGCUUGUCAGAACAAUUAAUUUCAUGAAGCCAACAGGUGUUAACAGUAAAUCAUGGUUAAUUCGAAUUUGCAUCUCUUGUCAUAAUCUAGUUUAUCAUACAUACAUAUUGAGAUGGAAGGUGGGUGGGUGGGUCCUGGAUCUGUUUUUAUAAUAUGUUACCCUGUAAAUUAGUUGGGCAUCAUCAGCAAGUCUUAUUGACUUCAAAAUAGUAUAAGUGUAUUGGAAUCUCCCUUGGUGGAACCCUGAUUGUGGCCCCUGUUUACCACUGUUUAUAAUCAGGGCACCUCCCUGUUAAAAGACAGCAUUUUUCAUUCCUAAGGGUGUCCUUGAUAGAGGGGUCCUUUACUGACUGCCUGAGCCAUCAGAUCUGCUGUUUAACUGCAUGUUGUGUAAGAAAGAAUAAAUAGUUUCAAUUUUAGAGAAUCUGAAUUUUCCUCAAAAUUGUUAGAAGUACAUGUACGGUACUAGUCUGUAGCAGUGCUACUACUACCAGUCAGUGGACAGUGCAAACCCUUGCUGUAGUGUAAGUGCAAGUACAUGUUCAAAAUAUUGUCAUGGAUGUUUGAUAAUAAAAGCAGUCAGUUUGAUGCAAUUA